UUUGUUCGAAGAAAAUGUUUGAAAUGUGUGGAAGUGUUAAUUAUUCAUAUUAAUUUGCUGGCAGUCUUUCUGCCUGCAAGAGCCCAUUACCAUGAGCUCCAUGGUUUCCAGCGACGGAAAAUGCCCAUGUCGAAACUGCAGGAGCUGACUCAUCCUCAACUCUUCUGCAAAUUCAAACCAUUCAUGGUUUUCUCUCCUCUUCUAACCCAGAAACUUUCUCGUUCUUUCUAUCUUUAUUCUUCAUAUUGUUCCUCUCACAAUCUGACCAGAACGCAAUCUCUACAAGUUCUGCUCAAAAGAGGCUUCACUCCCAGCUUCAAAUCUAUAAACCAUUUUCUUCGCUUUCUCUCUCAAACACGUAAAUUCAAUUUAAUUGUUCAUUUUUUCUCUCAGUUGAGCUCGAAUAAAAUCCCAGGAAACCUCGAAACUCACUCAAUCUUCACUUGGGCUCUUCUCAAGUUGGACAAAUUCGAAGAAGCAGAGCAUUUCAUGACUACCCUGACAGAGAGAUCAUCAAAAAGAUUUUCUCCAACUCGCUUGUGGGAUGCUCUAAUUAAGGGUUAUAUAAUCAAGCUCGACGAUCCCGAGAAGGCUUUCGCCGUGUUGCAGAACUGCGUGAGGAAUCAUGGUAUAUUGCCUUCUUCGUUCACUUUCUGUUCAUUGAUACAUUGUUUCAGUUCCAGAGGAAACAUGGCUAGAGCUAUUGAGGUUGUAGAAUUGAUGACGGAUGAUACAGUUAAGUACCCAUUUGAUAAUUUUGUUUGUAGCGCAGUGAUUUCUGGAUUUUGUAAGAUGGGUAAACCGGAACUUGCACUAGGGUUCUUCGAGAAUGCUUUAAAUUCAGGAACUUUAAAACCUAAUGUUGUCACUUAUACGUCGCUUGUAAGUGCACUUUGUAUGUUGGAUAGAGUUAAUGAGGUUAGUGGGUUGUUCUGUAAAAUGCUGAAGGAAGGAUUGGCAUUUGAUGUCAUUUUCUAUAGUUGUUGGAUUUGUGUGUAUUUGAGGGAAGGUGCAUUAAUGGAGGCAUUUCGAGAGUAUGGGGAAAUGGUGAAAUGGGGAAUAAAUCCGGACACAGUUAGCUAUACUAUACUCAUCGAUGGGUUCUCAAAGGAGGGAAAUGCUGAAAAAGCAGUAGGUUUGUUGGAGAAAAUGAUAAAAAACGGAGUGAAACCAAAUCUGGUCACUUAUACAUCACUGAUCCAGGGAUUUUGCAAGAAAGGGAAGUUGGAGGAGGCAUUCUCCAUUUUCAAGAACAUUCAAGCUUUGGGAUUGGAAGUGGACGAAUUUAUGUAUGCGACUUUGAUUGAUGGGAUUUGUAGGAGAGGAGAUUUAGACCAUGCUUUCUAUCUGCUAGGUGAUAUGGAGAAGAAGGGGAUUAAACCCAGCAUCAUUACAUAUAAUACAGUGAUAAAUGGAUUGUGCAAGGUUGGUAGGACCUCAGAGGCAGAUGGGGUAUCAAAAGGCGUACUAGGAGAUAUUGUCACGUAUGGCACAUUGUUACACGGGUAUAUUGGAGAAGAAAAUGUCAAGGGAGUUCUGGAAACAAAAAAGAGGUUUCAGGUUGCAGGAGUUUGUCUGGAUGUUGUUAUGUGCAACAUACUUCUGAAAGCACUUUUUAUGGUGGGUGCAUAUGAAGAUGCUCAUUCACUGUACGAGGCAAUGCCGGAAUUGGAUUUGCUAGCAGAUUCUGUUACUUAUUUUACAAUGAUCUAUGGAUAUUGUAGUGUGGGUAGAAUUGAGGAGGCACUUGAGGUAUUUGACGAAUUUAGGAAGACCUCAGUUUCUUCAGUUGCAAGCUACAAUUGUAUUCUUAAAGCACUCUGCAAAAAUAGAAUGCUGGAUAUGGCCGUGGAAGUGUUUAUUGAACUCUGUGAUAAAGGUUUGGCUUUGGAUAUAGGGGUCUAUAAGACACUAAUAAAUGUUAUUUUUGCAGAAUUAGGUGCAGAGGGAGUCCUGAAUCUGGUAUGUAGUUUUCAGAAUUUGAGGUCAGAUGUUUAUGAUGUCAUAUGUAAUGGUGCUAUCCGUUUCUUGUGCAAGAGAGCCUCUCUAGAUGCUGCAAAUGCAGUUUUUGUCAUGAUGAGGAGGACAGGGUCAGUUGUAAUGUGCGACUCUUACUACUCAAUGUUAAAGGGGGUUCUUACUGCAGGGAAGAAAACACUAUUCAGGCCUUUUAUGACUAUGUUUGUAAAGGAAUAUGGCCUACUUCUGCCAAUGGUUGGCAAGAUGCUGUUGUUUUACUUGUGUCUGAAGGAUGUGGAUAAGGCCUUACAGUAUCUCAAGAUGGUGGCAGGAAAUACCUCAGCUCUUUCUAUCCCAGCCACUGUUUUCAAAAUGCUUGUAGAGAAUGGCAGAGCAUCAGAUGCUUAUGAACUUUUAUUACGAGCUGAAAACAAUAUGCCAGUGAUGGAUGUGGUUGAUUAUACAAUCAUGGUUGAUGGCCUGUGCAAGAGUGGAUAUAUUCACAAGGCCUUGGAUCUCUGUGCUUUUGCUAGACAUGAGGGGAUUACUCUUAAUAUUAUCACUUAUAAUUCUGUCAUAAAUGGACUGUGCCGCCAAGGGUGUCUUGUUGAAGCAUUUCGACUAUUUGAUUCGUUAGAGAGGAUUGAUUUGGUUCCCUCUAGAAUCACAAUAGCAAUCCUUAUUGAUACUUUAUGUAAAGAAGGACUAUUGUUAGAUGCCAAGAAAUUGUUUGAUAGGAUGGUGUCAAAAGGCUUUGAACCCAGUUUACAUGUUUACAACUCAUUUAUUGAUGCUUACUGCAAAUUUGGUCAAAUGGAGGAAGCAUUGAAGUUACUAUCCAAUUUGGAGCUAAAAGGUGUUAUGCCUGAUGAAUUCACCACUAGUGCUAUGAUUAAUGGUUAUUGUCAAAAAGGUGACAUGGAGGGGGCUCUUAGUUUUUUUGUUCAGUUCAAUAGGAAAAGUAGGUCGCCUGAUUUCUUGGGUUUUUUAUAUCUGGUAAGAGGUCUUUGUACCAAAGGAAGGAUGGAAGAGGCUAGGAGCAUCCUGAGAGAGAUGCUUCAGUCAAGUUCAGUUGAUGAACUAAUAAGUAGAGUUGAUACCGAGGUUGAAUCAGAUUCGAUUAAGAGCAUUCUUGAUGACCUAUGCGAGCAAGGAAAUGUCCAUGAAGCUGUCACUGUCCUUGAUGAAAUUGGAUCCAUGUUUUUCCCUAGCCAGAGGAAAUUGCAGGCUAAUCAUGGACCACAAACACCAAAUGAAUUAUAUGAACAUGAAACUUUGGAUACGGAUAGUCCAAGGUCAGUAGUGUCCAGUCAAAUAACUGAUGCGGAUUCUAAUAACUGCACCUUGAGAAACGGGGAUGUAGUGUGGGAAAAUCCUCUCAAUGUAGGAAAAGAUUUCCGCAUUCACAAUUUUGACUUUUUCUACUCUACAAUUAGUUCGCUCUGUUCAAAAGGAGAGCUGCAGCAGGCAAAUAUAAUAGUGAGAAAUAUGCUAUCUAGUGUGAAUGGAGAUAUUUAGCAUGUAAAAUUAUGUGGCUGAUGCUACUAAAUUGGGAGCUUCCUCUCUGUUGUCCGCGUACAAGCUAUUUUUACUUCCUCUGCCUUGAAGUUAAGUGAUAUAUAUGUCAUUAAGACUUAUCCAUGAUUAGUUUGUUCUGCUUAGAAGAAGAGCUGCAGCCGGAAAAUAGAUUAUUGAUCUCUAGCAGUCAUGGAGAUAUUUAACGAAUUAUUCUAAAUCUGGAGCUUCCUCUUCUUGUAUCAGAAUACUAACCACUUGCUUUCUUCCUCUGCCUUGAAGGUAAUAUCGAUGUUAUCAAGACUUAUCAAUUGAUAAGGUCAUGAAAUAAUGAAGCAGAUGCGGAACUAUGUGGCGGCUUGAGCAUAAGAAAUCGUCAAUCACUAUGGCUUCCUCUUGAAUAAGAUGAGCUGGUGGGUGGGUUGCAGAUGAUUUCUCUGUAACAUCUACAAAUUCAAGAACAUUCAAUGAGAUCAGAAACAGAGCUACACAGGGGAAGAGAUCAUCAUGGGUUGCAUCUUCUCCGGUACCAGCAGCUCACCAUCAUCCACAGCCAAUAAGAUCCGUGUCGUCCACCUGAAUGGCUAUGUAGAGGAGUUUGAUCACCCAGUCUCAGUUGGCCAAUUGAUCACUGGCAGCAAGCCUCCAAAAACCUUCAUCUGCACCCCAUCUCAGCUUCUCUCCAACUGCUCAAAGCCUGAGCUUAAACCCGAAAAGAUUCUCGAGCCAGGCCACGUCUACUUUCUUCUCCCUUAUUCCACCUUGCAAACUGAUGUUUCUCCGGUGGGCUUGGCAUCUCUGACGAGAAAGCUGACAAAAAGAGCGAAGUCCUGCAAGUUUAGUGGUAAGUUUAAGUCAGAAAAAGCUAGCCAUGGUGGGGGAGAGGUGGAGAUGCAGAGGAAAAAAAUGAUGAUGGGUUGCAGAGCAGAGAUGGGUCCUAGGCUGGGUCGGUCAUGGAGACCUGUUUUGGAUACAAUUAGAGAGAGGUCUUUUAAACGGAGAAGUGAAUCUGAUUUGCAAGAAAUUUAUGCAGAGUAACUGGAAUCCAUACAACUGUUGAGAAUGGUAAAGAAAAACAGCAAACAAAAACAAGAAGCGAGACGUUUGAUGUGUGUAUAUAUAGUAUGUAUGUAUAUAUUAUGAUCUCACUAAUAGUAUUGUAGAAUUCUGGAUUGUUAUUAUUAAUUUAUAAAUUUUCCCAGAAAAUGCAAUUGCUUUUGUCA